AUGGCCCUGAAGAUCGGGGUGGUGGUUGUAGCGGCCGCAUCCGACGCGGAUGAAGUUGCCGGUCUACCCCUGCCGCCGGCAACAGCCGUUUCCUCAUGGGGGGAGGAUGGUGAAGGAGGAAAAUCCUUGACCCAAAUGCAAGGGGACCUGGUAAACGCAGCCUUCGACGGACUCGCCGGCGCCGUGCCCGACAAGUCGAAUGACCUCAUCGACUCGAUCUUCAUGAACGCCGAAACCGAGACAUCAGCUCCUCCCGCAACGGCGCAGCUGUGCAAAGAAGUAAAACAGUCGUACAAGAACCUGAGCUCCUUGCUUCAUCAGAAAUACGACAAAGGCCUUGAAAAGGUGACCUAUGCAGGGUCACGGGGUACUUCUCCCACCACGGAGUGGGUGCACCCUUCCGUCGCCGAGUUGUUCCGCAGCCAAGGACCCUCGGUAUUCGGCGCUGGGGCUCUGGCAACCGCCGACGCCGAUGCUGCGCGGGAGGCGGUAAGACGCCACAAAGAGCAGAAGAAGAGAUCCAGCGAUGGAGGCAAUCGACCAGGGAGCGAAGAUGUGAUGAGUACUCUCCGCUUGCUGGAAAAGCAGGUCCUGGCCAUGGCUGGAGGAGGGGCGCGCGGUUCUGGCGGUGCCUGACUUCUCUGAAUGGCCCGUGACAAGAAGCGCAUGUUCCGAACGUCGAUGAAUACAG